AUGUUAACAGAUACCUGUUAUACAGUAAUUCACCAAGAUGACAGUUCAGAGCAGCCUUCAUUACAGGAACUUAAAACUGCUCUUGAAAAAGGCUCAGAGGAAGCCAAGAUUGAAACAAUGAAAAAGAUCUUGGUCACAAUGUUAAACGGCGAUCCUCUACCUCAACUUUUAAUGCAUGUAAUUCGUUUUGUAUUGCCGUCAAAGAGUAAAGCCUUAAAAAAACUAUUACAUUUUUAUUGGGAAAUUUGUCCAAAAACUAAUUCUGAUGGAAAACUUAAACAAGAGAUGAUUUUAGUUUGCAACGCGCUGAGAAAAGAUUUACAACACCCAAACGAAUAUAUAAGAGGUGCAACGCUUCGUUUCUUAUGUAAACUUCGUGAGCCAGAAUUACUUGAGCCUUUAGUUCCAUCAUGUAGAUCUUGUUUGGAACAUCGACAUUCUUAUGUCAGAAAAAAUGCAGUAUUUGCUAUUUAUACAAUAUAUAAGCAUUUUGAAUACCUUAUCCCUGAUGCUCCAGAAUUAAUUCAAAGUUUUUUGGUUGUGGAAGGCGAUCAAACUUGUAAACGAAAUGCUUUUGUGAUGCUUUGUAACACCAAUCAAGCACGAGCUGUUGAAUAUCUUAAUGAUGUUUUUGAUCAAGUUCCUAACUUUGAUGAACUAUUGCAAUUGUCUGUUAUCGAAUUAAUUAGAAAGGAUUGUCGAAACAGUAGUACUAAUAGGGGAAAAUAUAUAAGAUGUAUCUUUGAUUUAUUAAAUGCUCCAUCCCAUUCUGUAAAAUAUGAAGCUGCUACUUCUUUGAUGGCUCUUACUCAUGCGCCAGCUGCUGUAAAAGCUGCUGCAUCUUGUUAUAUUGAGCUGAUUAUUAAGGAGUCCGAUAAUAACAUCAAACUGAUUGUGUUAGAUCGUUUGGAUGAAUUACGUGAAAAGCAUGAACAAACUUUAGAUGAUUUGGUAUUAGAUAUCCUAAGAGUAUUGACAAGUCCAGAUAUUGAAGUAAGGAGAAAAGCUUUACGUAUCGGAUUAGAUCUAAUAUCUAGUCGAAACGUUCAAGAAGUUGUUGUUUUUUUGAAAAAAGAAUUGAGCAAGACUCUUGAUCAAGAUUAUGAGAAGAACAAUGAAUACAGACAACUAUUAAUUCAAUCGAUACAUGGAUGUGCAAUUAAAUUUUCAGAAGUUGCUGAAAAUGUUGUUCAUGUACUUAUGGAAUUUUUGGGCGAUUCAAAUAACCCUGCAGCAGUUGAUGUUAUUUCAUUCGUAAGAGAAGUUGUAGAGAAGUUUCCUAAUUUGCGAUCAUCCAUAACCGAAAAAUUACUUGAAACAUUCAUGGAUAUAAAAUCUCCAAAGGUUUUUAGAGGAGCAUUAUGGAUUGUAGGAGAAUAUUGUAUUGAACACAAAGAUAUUGAAGAGGCUUGGAAACAAAUCAGAGGAGGACUUGGAGAAAUUCCAAUUUUAGCUUCUGAACAGCGUUUACUUGAAGAAGUGGAAAAAGAUGAAAAGGGUGACGAUGCUAAUAUUUCAGAAAGCAAAACAUCCAAUAAUUCAUCACGCCGCGUUCUUGCUGACGGGACUUAUGCUACUGAAACUAUAUUUUCAUCAAACUCGUCAAAUUUAGCAAGACUUGAGGCACUAAAAUCAGCAACAAAACCUCCAAUUAGAGGUGAUUUCUUCCUUGGAUCUGUAUUAGCUUCAACAUUAACAAAAUUAGUUAUGCGAUAUUCUGAAAAUUCAAAUGACCAAAAAAAAAUAAAUUCCUUGAGAGCCGAGGCGAUGCUUAUAAUGGCUAGUGUUAUUCGUGUUGGACAAUCUCAAUUUGUAACAAAUCCAAUUGAUGAAGACUCUUAUGAUCGAAUACUGUCUUGUUUACAUGUUUUGGAACAAUUUUCAAAUGAUUUAGCCAUUAAAAAUAUAUUUUUACAAGAUACAAAAGCAUCAUUUACGAGAAUUGUGGAGGCAGAAGAAAAACGAUCAGCUGCUAAAAAAGCAAAAGAUAAAGUUACUACUAAAAUCCAGGUAGAUGAGCUUAUCACAUUUAGGCAAUUUUCCAAACGUAAUCUUGGUGAAGAAACUGAUGAAUACGAAUUGGAUUUAACUAGAGCUACAGGUCAAAGUGAUUCUCGUGAUGACCUAAUUUCUAAGCUUAGUCGUGUUGUACAACUUACAGGAUUUUCGGAUCCAGUAUAUGCAGAAGCUUAUGUUAACGUUCAUCAGUAUGAUAUUUUACUCGAUGUGUUGAUUGUGAAUCAAACUAGUGAAACGCUCCAAAAUUUAUCAAUAGAAUUUGCUACUUUGGGUGAUUUGAAAUUAGUUGAAAGACCAGUACAACAUAACCUUGCCUCUAAUAGUUUCCUUAGUGUUAAAGCCACAAUUAAAGUUUCAUCUACAGAAACUGGUGUGAUAUUUGGUAAUAUUGUAUACGACGGACCUGGUACCUUAGAAAGUAAUUGUGUUGUUUUUAAUGAUAUUCAUAUUGAUAUAAUGGACUAUAUAAACCCGGCUUAUUGUAAUGAAACCCAGUUCCGUACUAUGUGGACAGAAUUUGAAUGGGAGAAUAAAGUUAAUGUUAAUACAAACAUCACUGAUUUAAGAGAAUAUCUUGGACAUAUUAUAAAGUCAACAAACAUGAGUUGCUUAACACCAGAAGCUGCAUUAUCUGGUAAAUGUGACUUUUUGUCAGCAAAUAUGUAUGCUCGAAGUAUUUUCGGUGAAGAUGCAUUAGCAAAUAUUAGUAUUGAGAAACAAUCUGAUAGUGGUAUUACUGGCCAUGUUCGAAUUCGUAGUAAAACACAAGGCAUAGCUUUAAGUCUAGGUGAUAAAAUUACAUUAGCUCAAAAGGCAGCGGCAUAA